AUGUAUGUUCAGAAUACCAAACAAGCCAAGUUUUUCCAGACAGUUACACGUAAAUUAAUUAAAAUUCAGAAAGGUUCCUUAAUUGUGGCAGGAGACCUGAAUGUUGCACUUGAACCAGACUUAGAUUGUUCAUUAGGACAAGAUGUUUUAUUAUUUCUAGAUGCUGUACAAUCAGUGGAGGUGACAAUUCCUGAAGCAGCCGUUGUGGGGAAAACAGGUUCCACUGUGACCUUACCAUGCUUAUAUAAAACAUCUGUAGGUUCACAUUUUGUUCUAGAAUGGAGGUUUGCAACAGGUUCAACGCAAACAUCAAGUGGAAGUCAGAUUUAUUAUUACACAAAUGGGAAUUCUUACAAGCCUGGAUCUCAAUAUGACAGACUGAGCAUUUCUCAAAAUCCCCCAACAACAGGAAUUGCAUCAAUUCAGUUAAGUAAUAUCAGAUCAUCUGACAGUGGGUCUUAUGUGUGUGAAGUGAGCAACCCCCCAGACUUCUCUGGCACUGGAUCAGGAAUGAUAAAACUUACAGUUUUAGUUCCUCCAUCCACCCCAAAUUGUCAGCUUAAUGGAAAAACUAUUGCUGGACGUGAUGUAACACUUACUUGCAACUCAUCAGGAGUUCCCCCUCCCAUAUACAAAUGGUCCUUUGUGGGAUCGAAGGUACCUCUGCUUCCCAGCAUGAUGGAAAAUCAAAUAACUGGAAACCUCCUUCUCACCAACCUCUCACAAGCGAUUUCAGGAACGUACCAGUGUGUGGCUUCAAAUGAGAUGGGCAAUGCAAACUGUGAAAUAACCAUAACAGUAACAACUAUGGCGUUGCUCUAUGAGGACCCUAACAAACAACUCAGUGCUGAGUCUGCCAUGAGGACUUUAAAACAUCCCGUAGAGGAUUACAUAGCUGAAUUCAAGCACUGGUCCGAAGAAACAUUAUAG